AUGUCCAGCCGGUGGGACAGCCCCAACAACGAGGCUUCGUCCUCGUCCGCAUCCGCUUCUGCAGCAGCGGCGGCGGCAGCAGCUGCAGCAAAGAUCGCUGCCCAAUUCGCAUCCAAAGGCCAGCCAUCCUCGUCAAGCAACAGCGAAGCACCACAAUCGAAGGAAAAGGACGCACACGAUGCCGAGUUCACCCAUGAUAUCGAGAUCAACGAUCAGCGCAACCGAUACAUGCUCACCAAAGGCCAGACGCAGCAGCAGAUUCAUCGCGAGACCGGCGCCAGCGUCACAACUAAAGGCACGUGGUAUCCGGACAAAGCGCUUGCAACCAAAGAAGAUCCGCCGCUCUUCCUUCACGUCAGUGCCAUCUCGCAGGACAUCCUCGACGCCGCGAUCGCCAAGAUCAACGAGCUCAUGGCGCAAGACGUGCCUCAACUCGUCGAAGACCGUCAUCAGCGCCGACUCGACUACGAGAACCAACGACCGCCGCCGAGAGAACGCCGCAGAUGGCCCGAAGAGAAGAUCCUCGUCAACCUCGAGAGCAUCCGCAACUUCAACGUGCGCUCGAAAAUCGUUGGGCCAGGAGGCAUGUUUGUCAAGUACAUCCAGAGCGAGACGGGGACUCGUGUGCAGAUCAAGGGAUUGGGCAGUGGUUUUAUCGAGAGCGACACGGGUGCAGAGCUGAACGAGCCCAUGCACAUUGCUAUUGCAGGACCCGAGGACGAGCAGAUCCAGGCGGCCAAGGCGCUGGCGGAGGACCUGAUGGAGGUGGUGCGUGCGGAGUGGCAGAAGGCGUACGACUCGAUGGGUCAAGGGUACGGUGGGGGUCAGAGGGGAGGUUACGGGGGCUAUGACGGUGGCGCACCACGCGGUGGAGGGUAUGGUCGCUCGCAAGGCUACGGUCGAGGUGGCAGUCCCGUGGGCGCUGGUGGCUAUGGACAUCAACAGCAGCAGCAGCAACAACAAGGCGGCUGGGAUCAACAACGCGGCGGAUGGAGCCAGCAACAGCAGUCGUAUCCUUACAACUCCUCCCGCAAUGGCGAUCCCGCGCCGCCACCUACGGACAACAAUGCGCCACCUCCGCCACCACCCGAGGAUGACGCUCCACCCCCGCCGCCCACCGACUCCGCAUCGCAUCGACAGCCCGCAGCACCGUCUCAGCAGCGAGGCAAUGGCAUCUCUCAGCACGCAGCCUCGCCCGCACAAAGCAGGAGUCAACCCGUUGCAGCAGCCAAGCCAGCAAAGUCACCCGAAGAGGAAGCACUCGACAAGUACUGGCGCGAGUACGUCGAGUGGGAGUCCAGCUUCAAGGCGUACCACAACAGGAUGCCGACCAAGGAGGAGGGUGGGCAGGAUGUGCCGCCUCAGUAUCGCAAGUAG